CAACGAAUGCGGAGUGCAAUCUCAACUCCCGCGGCCAUGGCAGCUGUGAAUGGCUACCCAGAGCACUUGCGGCAGAGCUUUGCGGCCUCUCCGAGGCCCGCCUCGGGGUCUUCAAGGAAGACGUCCAGUUCAGCACGCUCCGCGAGCCCCGAGGAGAGGCAAGUGUCCACCGCCAACGAGGCGCAGGUCUGGGCGGCACCCCGAAGGCCGCCCGCGGGCGCGGAGGCUUCGCAAAGAUGGCUGGAGGAAAUGGACAAUCUGCAGCGGGACUACAACGAGGUGCUGCGGAGCAUCGACGCCCGGUUCUCGCAGCGGAUGAACACGCUGCGGGGGCAGCUGGAGAGCUGGAUUGCUGCAAUGCUGUGGAGGGAGGCACAUGUUGCCCUACAGAUCGGGAAGACUUCGAAAGGAGAUGAAUAUAUCCAGCGUCACCUCUGCUCCAUGAGCCACGAGCUGCCACCGAGCUACCCGCCCUCCGACGUCUCCAGAGAGACUGAGCCGGAGCUUGUGGAGACAGAUCCUGAAGUUGUGAGCCCUUGAUCUACAUCUAUUUGUUUCACUCGCUUUUCAUGUGACGUGACUGGCGGGAUUUGAGGUGCGGCUGUUGAACUAGAGGGCAUUGUUUAUUGUGCCUUGCCGUAGCCAGUGCCUGACACAGUUCCCUCCCUGCCCGGCUUCCAAAACGGAAGGUGGGGGCAUGAAGAUGGAAGCCGGGAA